AUGAAAAACAUAUUAUUUAAAGAGAAAUCAAAAAAAAAACAACCUCCCGAAUUAAGAGGCACUCCUCGCUAUGAAAAUAUAAGACCCCCCUUACCGUCCCCUGGUAAUUCCUUUAGUAAUCCAGCUCAACAAAAUUAUCAACACCCAUUUUAUCCUGAUCAUUAUUCUUCGCAACCACAUACUCAACCGUCUUCAAUAACGACUCAUGAGAAUUACAGUAAUCCUCAUUCGAGAAAUUCCUCAGUAGAUUAUACUCCUUCACUUAGUCAUUCCAUUUUUAGUGAAACUUCGGGGUCAGCACGGAGUAUUGAUUCUGCUAGAACAUCUGCUGCUUUUCUGCCAGCUGAUAUACCGUUUAUAAGCGGAUAUCACAGAAAUGAUAAAAGCGAACCUCCUAGGCCUCCUGAUGAAGAGGUUGAACGUUUGUUCUUGCAAAUGAUGAGAAAAUUAGAUUUAGGAAAUCUCUCUGAGGCAAUGCUGGCCAUGCCAAUCGAAAAUAAAUGGACGUUGAUAAAAAAUAAUAUGAUAACAGAGAAAUCAAGUUCUGCUAAUCCGAAUUUCAAUCCUGUUAUAAACUCUGUUAAUCCAACUACUCCAGAAUAUUAUCUUAAAAAAAUAAUGGACGGUACUAUAACUAUUAAACUCAUGAACUCACUCAGUGUUUCUUUAAGGACAUCGCCCAUAACGUGGGUUCGGUCUUUCAUUGACGCCAAAGGCCUGGAGGUUCUUGCCAAUUACCUUAGCAGUAUUACAAAAAAACAUGCAAAGCUGGAAAAUGAUUUACAAAUGGAACACGAAAUUAUUAAAUGUUUAAAAUCACUGUUAAACAACAGAGUAAAAGCUCUGACGCAUCCAUCAUGCAUUCAUAGUAUCACAUUUUCACUUGUUUCCCCUCAAUUAAGCACCCGCAAGCUUGUGGCCGAAGUUCUUUCUUUCUUUUGUUAUUGUGAAAUUCCUACUGGUCAUACUCUUGUAUUAGAAGGAUUUGAUCAACAUCAGCGAUUUCUUAAUGAGCAUGGAAGAUUUGAUGCAUGGAUGAGAGUACUGGAAAAUACAAUUGAUGGGCGUGGACGAUAUGGAAGUUUAGUAGAUGCAAGCGAUGAAUUUAAAAAAGGGGGUGUGGGAAUGGAUAGUUCGUUGAUGGAAUAUGUUUUAGCGAAUAUGAUUCUAGUAAAUUCAAUAAUUGGUGUAUGUGAUGACGUUGAAAUUCGAGUACAUCUGAGAAACCAGCUACACGCAUGUGGAUUAUCGCGUAUAAUUGAGAAAAUGAAAGCAUUUAAUCAUGAGCUUAUUAAUCGUCAAAUAAGCAAGUUUGAACGUGAAAGUGAAUUGGAUUAUGAAGAAGUCUUGGAUUAUUAUAAUCAUCGAAUUUUUCAAGACAUGACAUAUCCUUUAUUAUCUAUUAUUCUUUGUAUACUUGCUUCAGUGCAAGGGACACGUGCAUAUGAUUUUUUCCUGUCGGCUAUGCAACAUAUGUUACUUAUUCGUGAUGUUGGUGAAGCUAGAACGAAAUAUUUCCAGCUUAUUGAUUCCUUGGUCACUCAGGUUGUUCUUGAUCGUCAUGGGCUUGACCAAGAUUGGAGUCAGUCUGUGGGUCUCACCGUUUCACAGGUCCUUGCUAAAAUGGCUGAUCAAGAUAAACUUAACGAUGCCCUUGAAGAAGCAGAGAAAGCUAAUGCUGCGUUAGCAAAAGCCUUACGUGAGAAAGAAGAGUUAAUGUUAAAAGAGGAAAUGUCUUCUGAGUCAGGCGGUGAAUUAAAGAAUAAAAUAGAUUCACUUGAAGAGCUUUUACGCAUCUCUCGACACACCAUUAAAACACUCCAACAACGAAACUCCGAUUUAGAAGCCAAUUAUCGCGAAAAACUCGCUGAUCUAAAUGUUCAACUUCGAGAACUUGAAGCGAUAAUAAAGGAACAACAAGGCCUUGGAGCUGAUUCCGCUGCUGUAGAUCGAUCUGAACUUAUUAAAAAACUAGAAAGAAUGCAGAAAAUACGCGAAACGGAAAGAAUAUUGGAAGGGGAUCGAAAAGUUUGGACACCACCUUCAGUUGGAGAUUUCAAGAUGCCAGAUGCAAAUGAGUAUAUUGACAAUCUGAGUCGUCAGAAUGCAUCAACACAAUCUAAUAGCCAGGAUGUGUCUUCGGGCUAUCCUGGACAUGAGCAGGGUCCACACCAACCUGAUGAUAAAUCCUUUGUUGGUGGAUUCAGAAUUCCUGAACCUUCCCAAUUGAAUGCUGAUGUUUUAAACGAACUUAAACAACGUUAUGAUGGUAUAUCAGCUAGCGAAAAUUCAAAUGAACAAUCUCAACAUCCUCCUACAUCAAUUUCACAAACUUCACCUACUCCUGAAAUUACGUCUAAAAUACCAUCUCAACCUAGUUUGCCUAAACCUGACUUGACAAUUUCGCAGGCAGAAACUGAUUUGAAAACCACAAAAGUGGAAGAUUUAUCGGCUCAAGGUGCCGGAGGUCCUCCACCACCUCCAGGAAAGGCUGGAGGUCCACCCGCGCCACCAUCUGGAGGUUUUCGAUUACAGGCAAAUACAAAUAAUCGUAAAGAAGUCCCAUACAUGACCAUGAAGAAACUUAAGCAAGUUCAAUGGGACAAGAUUAAUUUCUUGUCUAUUAAUAAAACGUUUUGGGGACAAGGAAACUUGGAUGAUGAAGAGCUAAUUAAUUUACUUGGAGGAGAGUCUGACGUUUUUAAUAACAUUGAAGAAUUAUUUGCUGCUUAUGAAGCUAAAGAGAGGAAAAAGGCUGAAAAGAAAGAAGAAAUUAGUGUUCUUGAUCCAAAGAGAGCUUAUAAUAUUAACUUGGCUCUCGGACGUCAUAAACAUCUAACAUUUGAAGAAAUACAUCGGAAGAUAGUCGAGUUUGAUGAGUACUUCUGUAAUGAGAAUUUGCUUGCCCAAUUAAGGUUAUAUAUUCCAACACCUGAGGAGCGUGGUAAAUUGUCAGUGUAUAAAGAUGGCCCUGAAGAUAUGCUCGAAAAUUUGGCUCGUGCUGAUCGAUUCUUUGUCGAGGUGAUGAAGAUUCAUCGAUAUGAACAACGCCUUAAGUUUAUGUAUUUCUACGUUACUUUUGAUGAAAAAUUCAAUGAUUUGGAACAUAGUAUCGUAUCAAUAUCGAAAGCGUCCAUAGCGCUUAAAGAAUCAAAGAAUUUUAAAGAAUUAUUAAGUUUUAUUUUGUUAAUCGGAAAUUAUAUGAAUGGAUCUGGUAACAAAGGAGGUGCUUAUGGAUUUAAGAUUCAAAGUAUCAAUAAGCUUGUGGAUACCAAGACUGCGAAAAGUUCAUCAAUUACUUUAUUACACUUUUUGGCCGAUACAAUUGAAACGAAAGUACCUGAUACGGUGGGUUUUAUUGAUGAUCUAAUGGAAUGUGGGUCUGCUUGUAGAGUAUCACAACAAGAAAUGACAAACGAGUAUCGACAAAUGGGAACGACGUUAAAUGAUUUAGCAAUUGAAUUACAAAAGAACUUUGGAGAUGAUAUUGAAUUAGAAGAAUAUGACAAAUUCCCUGGAAUAAUGAAAGAGUUUGUUGUAAAAUCAAAAAAAAAGUUUGAAAAUUUACAGAUGGAAUAUACUGAGAUGGAAGUUGCAUAUAAGGAUGUUGUAGCAUACUUCGGAGAAGAUCCUAAAAACACUAAACCUGAUGAAUUUUUCGGAAUAUUUAAGACUUUUAUCACUAGCUUUGAGCGGGCAAGGGCCGAUAAUAAAGCAAUAAAAGAACGCGAAUUAGCUGCUAAAAAACGAAAAGAGGAAAUGGAGCAGCGAAAGAAAUUGGCUAAUAAUAAGCAUAGUUCAGGGGUGCAAGGAGUGCAAAUGAUAGUUCAAUCAAGUCCAACAGACGAUAAGCAUUUAAUGGACAACUUACUGGAAACAUUACGUGAUGGCAGAGAUUUAGAAACUCGAUCAAAAAGGAGAGGAAGAGGUGGCAAAGAAGGGGGAGAUCUAAGAGUUUCUAGGAGCAUGAGUAUCGCAAUUAGAGCUGAAGAUAUACUAAAAAGAUUGAAAGAGGAUUCUGCUCUACAGCCGUUGCCAGAAAUGCCAAAAGAAAUUGUUGCAGAAUAA